UUAACUCAAAAAUGCCAUGGAGAACCGGACAAGUCGUUCAAAUGCCCAGAACAAUUCGGUUACUUCGCAGAUAUGGACGACUGCAGCAAGUACUUCGUAUGCGUGUUUGGUGAUGCUUUACACGAAAGUUGUACGGGUGGAUUGUAUUUUAGUGCAGAACUACAAACGUGCGACUGGCCUAGGAACGUCGAAUGUGCCAGUGGUGAAAAGCCACCAAACCCAACUGAAGAACGUCCUCCUCAAGAUGGUUUUGAUUCAAACAGGCAUCGCUCAAACAUCACAAUCAUCUCCACCCCCAACGAUAAUCAAUUAUCCUUCCAUAACAGGAGCAGAAGCACUACAAACAGGCCAACUACCACUACAACAACGGAACCCACGACUAUUGCAAUAUAUAAAUCUCCACACGAUUACAAAAAAGAGCUAGAACCUGAAAAUCUCAAUCCCUAUAACCGUCAAUCCCCUGAUGUUAAUGAGUCUUACGAGCCCGACACACCCGAUUCGGAUGAAGCUGCACCCCCCUACGUCGAUUCAGAAGGUGGUAUAUACGUCAAUGACGGACCCCCGAAAACUUCUGGAGUGAUUCAACGAAUACCGGGUGUAUCUGAUUACGAUGUAUUCAUAAAACAGAUUCUGGUUAAAGACGAAUCGACAAACACCAAUUAUCGCAGAGAUAACACCAAUAAAUUAAAUGGCUAUGGUAAAGAAAUACGCGAUCUACCUCCUCUACACUCUAAUAAUGGUAAAUCUUACGAUCACGAUGCCGAUCACAACCAAACAACGAUUUUAGGUGGGUACGAUGACAACUUCGAAGCCACUCGUAAGACUUCGAUCAAACAGAACAACAACCAACCACGAAUAUACGAGCCACCACCAGCGCAAUAUGAUUAUCCACCCGAUUAUAGUAAGAAACACCUAAAUUCUACCAGAACACCAACUAUCUAUCCUACUAACUACGAUACAUCGCCCGUCCAAGAUUAUCCGGAUUACCAAUCAAGCGAUUACGAUUACCCUACUAAAAUUACCAACAGAGGACGUAUACCAACAACCACAGCAUCGCCCACAGUAGCCACGACGGAUAAGACGACACUUAAUUUAAGAAACACUCCUCCUUCGCGCCCAAAAUCUGUUUAUUCUACACCACCCCCUUUCGCUCAGGCCGUUAGAUGCGAUUCUUAUUCAUGUGCUCUUCCAGAUUGCAGAUGUGGUGGCACAGAUAUCCCUGGGGGAUUAACUGCCAAUCAAGUGCCUCAGAUAGUGUUAUUGACUUUCGAUGAUGCCAUCAACGACCUAAAUUAUGAUUUGUAUAAAAGUAUUUUUCUGACGGGAAGGAAGAAUCCCAACGGGUGCCCUAUUUUAGGAACUUUUUACGUUUCUCACGAAUGGACGGACUAUGGUCAAGUUCAAACACUCUACUCUCAGGGACACGAAAUGGCCUCUCAUUCCAUCACUCACAGUUACGGAGAGAAAUUUUCCAAGUCGCAAUGGUACAAAGAAAUUCAAGGUCAGCGUGAAAUCUUGCAUAAAUAUGGAGGAGUGAAACUUGAAGACAUCAGAGGGAUGAGAGCUCCAUUUCUACAAAUAGGUGGCAACAAAAUGUUCGAUAUGUUAUACGAAGCCAACUUUACCUACGAUGCCUCCAUGCCAAUCUUCGAGAAUAGUCCACCCUUUUGGCCCUACACUCUCGAUUAUGCCAUAAAUCACGAGUGUAUGAUAGCUCCCUGUCCUACUAAAUCCUAUCCCGGACUUUGGGAACUCGGUCUGGUUAUGUGGUUGGAUCUAAGAGGUGGUCGAUGCUCUAUGGCAGAUGCUUGCGCCAAUCCGCAAGACGAAGAAGGUGUUAUCAAGAUGCUGACGAAAAACUUCAAUCGCCAUUAUAAAAACAAUAAAGCUCCCUUUGGGUUGUUUUACCAUUCGGCAUGGUUCAACACGGAUCAUCAUCGUCGUGGUUUCCUCAAGUUUCUGGACAAUAUUUUGGAUAAGCAAGACGUAUGGUUCGUUACUAACUGGCAACUGGUACAAUGGAUGAGAAAUCCUACCCCUUUAGAUAAUUUAGCAAAUUUUGAGCCAUGGCAAUGUGACAAAUCUAAAUAUACUGGACUACCCGAACCCUGUCCCCAUCCUACAGUGUGCAGCGUGUGGUAUCAAGGUGGUGUUCGUUAUAUGAAAACUUGCCAGCCGUGUCCUACAGAAUAUCCAUGGGUGAGUCCUGAAGACAAAGGAUGAACUAUCGUUUGACACUUUAUCCAUAUUACAUAUUUAAUUCUCCGCACAAGACUUGUAGAUACAGCAUUCCCCCGAUCAAUAAAAGAAAAAUCUUCGCAUUGUAAAAUCGAGUGUAUAAUAAUUUAUUUUGCAUAUCAAAAUUUUCAGCACAACAAAGUAUAUCCUUAAAUUACGUUUUUAAGACCGGAAUUUGCAUAAUUUAAUACACAAUUCAAA